CCCCACACAAAAUCCACCUCACCUUAUCAUCAUCCCAUCCAUCUCAUGUCAUCAUCGUCGGAUAGUUGUAACUCUCGCCACUUUUCAUGGCUUAUGAAAUCUUGUUUUCCCGAUCCCCACCACCACCUCCACCUCCACCAUCCUCAACCGUGUUCCACCGCCGCCCCCACUACCACCUGUACUGCCACCACCAUUUCUUCCCUCCCAGAUGAUCUUCUUCUAGAAUGCCUCGCUAGAGCCUCUCACUCCUCACUCCCUUCUCUCCCUUUCGUCUGCAGGAGAUGGGCCCACCUCCUAGAUUCCAAAGAUUUCCAUUCUCUCCGGCGACAUCAUAAUCUCCUCCACUUUACACUCUUCUCCGUUUCUAUCCACAACUCCACCCUUUUCACGGCUAGCCACCGCUUGGAUUUUGAUUCAUCGUGGAGAGUUUCGUCUUUUCUGCCCUCUGACGAUGCCGUCACGCAACAUGGGUCGCUGCAUUCGUUGUUUUCUCAUUCCAGAGUGGCAGCUAUUGGCCGGAAAAUCUACAUAAUUGGCCGGACGGCGAUGCUUCGGUGUGACACGUGGACCGGGACACUAGUCCCGAAACCAGGAAUGCUCGUCCAGAGGAAGAAAUUCGCAGUCGGUGUCCUUGGCGGGAAAAUCUACGUCGCCGGCGGGUGUUCGAGAUCCGCUGAAGUGGAGGAAUAUGACCCAUUGGAGAAUUUGUGGCGCGUGGUCUCCCACGCGCCGAGAAGGAGAUAUGGGUGCGUUGGCGCAGCCGUGGACGGCUUGUUUUACGUGAUUGGUGGGCUGAGGAUAGGUAAUUCAGGGAAUGAAUGGUUGAGCUUGUCCUCAUGGGCCGCCGGUGCUGAGGCGGUGCAUCUUUACGCCAGCUCAAUGGAUGUGUAUGAUGUGGCGGCGCGUUCAUGGCUGAGGAGCCGGUCAGUGCCAGGAGGCGGCUGUGUGGUGGCAGCUUGUGCCGCAGGCGGACACGUCUAUGUGCUUUCAAGCCAUGCAGUGGAGCUCUCAUUCUGGAGAUUCAAUGGCAUACGAAACAGUAGUAGCUUCGGAGAGUGGUGUAGGAUAAAGAGUCCGCCGCUACCGGCGCAGGUUAGACUCGACAGCUCGGUGAGGUUCUGCUGCAUCGGGGUGGGGGAAAAGGUGGUUCUAAUUCAAGUAAUGGGUUGCAUAGAUGACUUGUUGAGGAGGAGUGGGAGGAAUGAGAGGGGCUUAAAAGAAGGAUUGGUGUUGAUCUACGAUUGCACCGCCGGAGAGUGGAGCAGAGGGGCUGACUUGCCGGAAGUGAUCAGACGCGCCGCCUGUGUAUGUGUUGAGUGCUAAUUUAAUCUGCGCCAAAGAAGGGCUACCAGAUUCCUGCUACUCUACGACUAAGAGAUGCGCAUUGGCUCACGAGUCUUCUCGUUUGCGUAUGGAGCUUUUGACCAUUUGUGCUUUUUAGGCGAGAAAAAUGGAGCUAGGGAACUUGGUCUGAAAGCAUGGGAAUCACCAGUUACCACAUUGAAGUAUUCAAAAUAUUUUUUAGCCAAAUUGGUACAAAUUGACUAUUCUUUCCUUUUCUUUUGUAUUUUUUUUACCUUGCUUGGGUUUUUGGGGUGCUGAGAAUGAAUGGUUUAUAGGGGGGUAUAUACCACAUUGGAAUUCCAUUUUUGAGUUGGGAAAAAAAAAACAAGAAUUGAAGGAAGGUGAUGAUAGGGUGUGGGAAGAUCUAGGAGGGGAAUCUGGAUUGUGGAGUGUAUCUAGGGAUGGAUUGGUAGAAUGGGAUUAAGCAUUAAACUAUUGAUUAUUUUUUUUUCUUUGAAAACUUAAACUAUUGAUUUGGUAGGUGAUGGGAGGUGGAUUAGUAGUCAAAAUUCUUAGUCACUUGUUUGUUCUUUUGCUAAUGUGGUAUUUGUCAAAUCUGACAAACAUAAAUGAAAAAGAAGACAGCAAUUUGUUAGUAGUAUAUUCUGACAGCUUCUUGGAAGCAUUCUAUGUAUAACUUAGUGUUGUCUAUUCAUCCCAUUGUAGUUAAUUCUCUAUUUCUUGGCUUGAGAGAGUGUGUUUGUAUAACUGAAUGAGAAUUUAGACCACUGCUUAAUACAGCUAAGUGCAGAUUUUUCAUUGAUAUCUGAUGCAACAGAAACUUGCCUUGUAGAGUUGUGAAGUCCGGCCUGCUGUUUUCCAUUUUUGUAUAGAUAAUCAGCAAUUAUAGAAUUUUGAAUCCAAUUCUAGAAUAUGAUUUCUUAUUGCUUAAAGAGACUGCAUGUCAUUGAACUCAAAAGGGCAAUUGCCAUAUGGAGAAAUUCAAUAAAACUUGAACCCCUAACAAAGAUUACCUGCCAAAAGGCCAAAUUACUUGUACUAAUUUAGCUUUCAUUCAUCAAAUAAUGGAUCUAAGAAAUAAAACAAAUUAAAAAACAAAAAUGUUAUGCUUUCUUGGGUAUUUUAUGAUCUUGUAAGACAUCACAAUCACAGCAUAUGUUAAAAACUUCAUGUAAAUGUAACAUAUAGACCACGGAAAGUUGAAGAAAAGGAUAAAAUUGUUAGGCAAAGUUUAUAAGCUUUGGAAUUAGUAGUGGAAGAUGUUCUUAGGCUGUCACUUUUUACUAAUGCAUCCCCUCUAAGAUGUCUGGAAUAGAUUGAGAUAAUAAAAUGUAAUGUAAUGCCAAUUUAUAUACAUCAAACUGAAGAGAUCCUACUUUGUAACAUAAGCUUAGGAAAGCCAUGACAACCGUAGUUAGUUAAGUCAA